AUGGAGCAAUCUGAAAAGAGUGCCAAUCUAACACGGUCAAUUCAGACGGGGCUGGAUGCAAUCCAAAAGGCCAUUGACGCUUUGCAGCAUAUUAUGGGUGCAUUCAGUAGAUUGGAGACAGAUCUGGCUCAAGUAGCCAAAAAGCUGGAUUUCGUCAAAGGGAAUGUGGCGCAAGGAGGCAAAAUCAAGCUGAAGAGGGCAUUCAUAUUAUUCGAUGAAGCAGGAGCUUCAUGGGCAAAGGUCUGCGAUCUGGCACAGCAGUUCCAGCAACAUGGCUUGAUCAAGGAGAUCGACCCCGAGAAGCUAGCCGAUGAGAACUCGGAGAUCAGGCAGCAUCUGGAAAUUCUCAGUGCGAAUUUCGGCGCCUCCGACUGCACAGACGCAUCCAAGAUCCUUUUCAACGACGGUGGGGACCUUCGCAUUCCGAGUGAUGGCCCUGGCCUCCUCGAUCCAUGGCACAGAAUGCCGAAAACCAUUUCCAUCUUGCACCAGUACCGAAAAGAGAAGCGAAUCUUUGUGUGCAAGGAGGGCACUGGCGUACAUCACCUGAAAGCCGGGGAGAUCCAGCAGUCAGUGUCAGUCGAUGGAGAGAGCAUCUGUCGAGCGAUUACCCCGGGGUCCAAGCCAGCCGAUUCCUAG